UUCGGACUUUAGCUAGCGGAGUAACCUCGGGAAACCCCUUCGCCGAUUGACUCAAAUUCCCACCCCGCCAAAACAACCCCUCCCUCGACUCAGGGCCAAAUCAAAAUAUCAAUCACCAACACAAUGAAGGCCGAAGAUUUGACCAAGCUCUCCACCAGCCUUGCGGCCCCUGAUUUCAAGACCAUUGAGCCUCACCUCUUGGCCUUGGACAAACACCUCAUUCUGCGAACAUUCGUCGAGGGUUACUCACUUAGCGCCAUCGAUACUCAAACAUGGGUCACCAUUCGAAUCAACAAGGUCGCCAACGCUUUUCUGAAGAGAGGAGCGCUCAUUAAUGUGGCCAGAUGGUUCAACUACAUCGAACAGACAAAUCCCGAAAUCCAGGAGGAGAUUAAACUCAAGGAUGACGCUGAGAAGGCUAAAAAGGCUGCGUUGAGCAAAGCUGGCGCAAGCUACAAUAUGGCUCUUCAAGAUACCGAGAAGGGUGUUGUGACUAGAUUCCCACCUGAACCAUCGUAGGUUCAAUGUCAUUGUAAUAUUUGCCCCUGCUAACUUGAAUCAGUGGAUACUUGCACAUCGGACACGCAAAGGCAGCUCUCCUAAACGAUUACUUUGCACACGAGCUUUACAAAGGCACCCUACUUUUACGAUUCGACGAUACAAACCCCUCGAAAGAAAAGCAGGAGUAUCAGGAUGCCAUCGUCGAGGAUCUUGCACUUAUGGGGAUCAAACCGGACAAGACCAGCUACACUAGUGAUUACUUGCAAACAUUAUACGAGUACUGCAUCAGAAUGAUCAAGGAGGGCCACGCUUACGCCGAUGAUACCCCACAAGAGAAGAUGCGCGACGAGAGAAUGAAUGGUAUUGCCAGCGUAAACCGAGACAACAGCAUUGAGCAAAAUCUUGCCAUCUUCGAGGAGAUGAGGGCUGGGACCAAGAAGGGACUCGCCAACUGUAUUCGGGCCAAACUGUCUGUUGACAAUCCUAACAAAGCCAUGCGCGAUCCAGUCAUUUACCGUUGCAAUGUUGAAACACCACAUCACAGAACUGGUACCACCUGGAAAAUGUAUCCUACUUACGACUUUGCCUGCCCAAUCGUGGACUCCCUCGAGGGUGUUACCCAUGCUUUGAGGACCACGGAGUACACAGAUCGAAACCCACAAUACCAAUGGUUCCUCGACACCUUGAAGCUUCGACAAGUUCACAUGUGGGAUUUUGCAAGAAUGAAUUUUAUCCGAACAGAGCUUUCAAAGCGAAAAUUGACCAAAUUGGUGGAGGCGGGUACUGUUUGGGGUUGGGACGAUCCAAGAAUGCCUACUAUUCGAGGUGUACGAAGACGAGGAAUGACCAUCCACGCACUACGAGAUUUCAUUUUGAAGCAAGGGCCAAGCCGAAAUAUUGUAGUCAUGGACUGGACCAACUUCUGGGCUUCAAACAAAAAGGAAAUCGAUCCAAUCGCCCCAAGACAUACUUCUGUCGAUGUUAAGAACGCUGUCAAGGCCACUGUCACCAAUGGACCGGAGAAAGCCUACAUGGAAGACAAACCUAAGCAUGCCAAGAACCCUGCCGUAGGAACCAAAAAGGUCUCCUACAGCAAAAGCCUCAUUCUAGACCAAGAGGAUGUCAAGCUUUUCAAGCAAGACGAGGAAAUCACACUGAUGAAUUGGGGUAAUGCAAUCGUUCGCAAGAUUGUCGGCUCGGAUCCAAUCACAGAAAUUGAGCUCGAGUUACAUCUGGAGGGAGAUGUCAAGAAGACCGAGAAGAAAGUCACUUGGCUAUCAACUGAGGGAGCGGAUCUCAUCAAGACUAAUGUUUGGGAAUUUGAUUGGCUCAUGACCAAAGACAAGCUCGAUGAGGGUGACAACUGGGAGGACUUUGUGAACAAGGACUCUUGUUCUAAACUUGAGGCGCUGUGCGAUGCUAAUGUAAGCGAUUUGAAGGUGGAUGAUCUUAUUCAACUUGAGCGAAAGGGAUAUUUCAGAGUUGAUAAGAUUGCGUCGGAUAAGGAUGGAUUGGUGUUAUUCGGUAUUCCUACGGGAAAGACGAAGUGAGAAAGGACAUGAAAAAUAUGUUGUUUUGUAGCUUGCGCUUGGAUCUACACAUCAUCUUUGUAGAUUCUUGCCUGAAAUGAUGACGAAGAGAAUAACUUGG